GUGAAAGCCAGAUAAUUGUCAUCGCAUUGCCACGGAUCUUCCGCUACCCUAAGUUUCAACAUUACAACAUCACUUCGAACGAAUCUCCUUACCAUCACCACUACUUUCGCAUGGGCUGGUGGACUUGAUCAAUUUCAAGCUCACAUGCCUUCCGCCAAAUACGCUCAUCGGUGAUGCCAUUGCGAUGGCCAGGAGGCUGCCUGGGCGGUGCAAACGGCCGCAAGACAGCCUUGUAUAGAAAACCUGGCAUUUUGCUGGCAAUAUGGUCGAUAUGGCUGGUUUCGGUGUCUGCCAUGAGAAAGGGAAGGAUUGCAGAAUUACGGCAGGAGACAAUUGACAUGUUCUAUCAUGGAUUUGAUAAUUACAUGAAUGUCGCAUUCCCAGAGGAUGAGGUUGGUUCUGCUGAAUACCUUCAAAUAUUUCGUUUGCAAUAAACUCACUAUAAAUAUAGCUGCGACCUGUUUCUUGCAUACCUCUAACUCGCGACCAAAAUAACCCCCGCCAUGUCGAACUGAACGAUGUUUUGGGGAAUUAUUCGCUUACCUUGAUCGACAGCCUCUCGACGCUGGCCAUACUUGCAUCCGCCCCACCAGACGAGAACAAUACAGGAGCCAAGGCUCUACGGGAUUUUCAAGACGGUAUACAAUCGCUGGUAGUGCAUUAUGGAGACGGCACGAGUGGCCAUUCCGGUCAAGGGCUAAGGGCACGAGGAUUCGAUGUAGACAGUAAAGUGCAGGUGUUUGAAACGGUUAUAAGAGGUGUCGGAGGACUCUUGAGCGCCCAUUUAUUUGCUGUUGGAGAAUUGCCCAUUGACGGAUAUGCUCCAAAAUUGGUACGCUUAACGAAGAAGAAGAAACUUGGAAAGGGCGAGGUUCCUGCGAUUUUGUGGCCAAAUGGGUUUCUAUAUGAUGGCCAACUGUUACGGCUGGCUUUGGAUCUUGCGCAACGACUUUUGCCCGCCUUUUAUACGACCACCGGGAUGCCAUAUCCCAGAGUAAAUCUUCGACAUGGAAUUCCAUUUUACCAUAAUUCUCCACUGAACAAGGACUCUUCGGAUUUUGAUGAUAUUCUACAAGAUGGGGCUCCUGAGAUCACGGAAACAUGUAGUGCGGGAGCUGGAAGUUUGGUGCUGGAAUUUACGGUUCUCAGUCGACUUACGAAUGACCCGAGAUUCGAGCAGCUUGCAAAACGUGCAUUUUGGGCUGUUUGGGACCGAAGAAGUGCCAUUGGACUAUUGGGUGCAGGAGUUGAUUCUGAAAGUGGCCAAUGGAUUGGACCAUAUUCAGGAAUCGGUGCUGGGAUCGACAGUUUUUUCGAAUACGCCUUGAAAACACACAUUCUUCUCUCAGGGCACGACAUGCCCAACAUAACGAUGCCGUUGCAGGAAGCUCAUAAUUCCUGGCUAGACCCGAAUACCAUCUAUACUCCUUUAACAGAUGAGGAAAACUCCUCGGAUGCUUUCUUGGCUGCCUGGCAUGAAGCUCAUGCAGCAAUAAAGCGUCAUUUGUAUAGUGGUAUACAUCAUCCACAUUAUGUUAACGUGCAUUUGACAACGGGAUCACCACAAGCCUAUUGGAUUGAUAGUCUCGGGGCUUAUUAUCCUGGUCUCCUCACGCUUGCCGGAGAACUUGAAGAAGCCAUUGAGACGAACCUUUUAUACACUGCUUUGUGGACUAGAUAUGCAGCAUUACCCGAGCGGUGGUCGGUUCGAGAUGGUCAUGUUGAAGGAGGCUUAGGAUGGUGGCCAGGUCGUCCAGAAUUUAUUGAAUCGAAUUAUCAUUUGUAUCGAGCUACUCAAGAUCCUUGGUAUCUGCAUGUCGGCGAAAUGGUGAUCUCAGAUAUCAAGGCACGAUGCUGGACUGAGUGUGGAUGGGCGGGCCUCCAGGAUGUACGGACUGGCGAGAAAAGUGAUCGGAUGGAAAGUUUCUUCCUUGGGGAAACUGCAAAGUAUCUUUAUUUGCUUUUCGAUCCUGAGCACCCCCUCAAUUCACUUGAUGCUGCAUACGUUUUCACUACGGAAGGACAUCCCUUGAUCAUACCAAAGAAAAAGCCAUCUACCAUAAUCAGAAAGAAGAUUCCAUUAACUAAGAGUAUUCAACCACGCUCAGACACAAAACCAAAGGAUACUUGCCCCGUAUCACCACCGCCUGUUCCUUUUUCAAUAUCCGCAACAGCUGCCAGAUCAGACGUAUUCCAUGCAUCAAGUCUCAUAGGCCUACACCAGACUCCAAACUACAGACCGACAGCCGAAAACCUCAAGCUUUUCCAAGCAUUACCGGAACAUGAAGUCGAAGACGAGCAUUCCGUUGCUUCUGUCAUAAAAAACCACACCUUCUACCCUUGGACACUCCCUGGUUCCUUGAUGCCCAGCGAGGGAUUUUGUGAUAAGCUUCCGUUCGGUGAGACAUUUGCAAUCGAGUUUCCCGUGAGCGCUGCAACAACUUCCACGAUCGGUCAACCAGGAUUCUUGACAUUUGCUCCACAAGGACUCGUUCGACUGAAUGAAGGUAUCCUCAUCAAAAGUCUUUCAGGUCUGCGCCUUGGUAUGAUCUACGAAUCUCCAUCUCCUCUCCGGGCUCUCGAUGGACAUCUCACAGACUCGUGGCGAGUUUGGAAUAUAGCCAAUAUGGCUUUAGGACGAGACGAACAAGUUUUCAUUUCUAGGGACGUCAUUGGAGAUAUGACGGACCCCAAUUUCAGUCGAGUUCGAGAUUCAGUCAUGCUUGACAUAGUGCUCCAACUGGAAAACGACACACCAGUCAACCACAGCUCCCCCGGAAGCGAGGAAGAAUACUACGAUGACCUCGAUGACGAAUUCGACGAAGCUUUUGAAGAGGUUCCUAUUAUAGCAAUGGAAGACUCUUUAAACAGCGCCACCGGAAAAGCAUCCGAGUACAAAGGCAUGUUCUCCUCUCUCCUCCGCCAAGUAACAUCCGCGCUCCGCGAUCCUGCCGCUACUCUCAUCCCGCAGCCUGAUACCCAGCAAAUGUAUUCCUCUAUAAAACUCCCCGCCAUCGCACCCACCGGUCUUGGCGCAGCGGCUAUCCUUGACGUUCCCGAUGCGCCAGACCCAAACCAAGGCCCGUCGACGAGUAGCCUGAUAUGGAGGAAUCUAUAUUUCGCCGGUCAAGCAUGUACCGCCAAGCUCCCCGACGACGCACCGCGUCUCCACGAUGUCAUCGUCGUUCUCCGCGGCGGAUGCACGUUCCACGAGAAACUCGCCAACAUACCAUCCUACACACCUUCCGCAACCAGUCUUAAGCUCGUCAUUGUUAUCGAUGAUGAGUAUCACGGCGAAGAAGAGGGGUUCCCACCCAGUUCUGGAAGUGGUCUGUUCCGACCGCUGCUUGAUAAGAGACAGGUUACGCCUGGGGGCUUGUACAGGCAAGAGCCUAUUUGUAUGGUUAUGGUGCAAUGGGGGCGGGAUGUUGAGGCCCUGUUCAAGAAGGCUAGGGGCGUGGGGAUUCGGAGACGGUAUCAUGUUGAGAGUCGCGGGGUCACGGUGGGAAAUUUACAUGUUAUUUAGUGAGUGGACGAGCUUGGUGGUGUUGGUGGAGGAGAGGAUGAAAUGGGGGGUUUUUUGCAUUUUGCAUUUUGUGGUCUUGGGUAUAGCGUCAUUUCUUUUGGCUUUUUCUUUUUUGGGGGAGAGGAUUUCUUGGGUGCAUAUUGCAUGUUGCAUGGUUGGACGAUGAUGAUGAUGAUAAUUGGGGGAUGAUGUAGAUAGAUAGUAAGAAUCACGUUAGGUGACGUGAUAUAUGGGGGAUAUUGGAAUGAAACUCGAUUUGAUAUUUGUU